AAGUGGCAGUGUGUGGAAGAUCCCAGCGGGAAGCUCAAGCUACACAAAUGCAAAGGGAUGGCCAGCCUCACAGCUCCGGGCAGCAGCAAAGGCCUGCCCAACCUGAUGCCCAAGUACUACAGCCAGCUCAGUGAGGACUGCAACUGCGAGGAAAAUGAAUACAAGCUGAGCCCCAUUGGGAGGCGGAAGAAGCUCUUCUCCAAGAAGAAGUACAAGGCAAGCUACAUUCGGAGUCGCGCAAUUCGCUCUGUGUCUGUUGAACUGGAUGGAGAGGUCUAUAAUUUGGAUUUGGAAGAUGGCUACCAGCCCGUUUUGCCCAGUAAUAUCACAAACACGCUCAAAGAAGUCAAGGGUGCUGAAGGAGAUGAUGAAGAUGACGACAAGGAUGCAGGAGAAUACAGCGGUACUGGUGGGAUUUUAGAGAAUACAGCCCCUAACUUAAUCAAAGUGACUCACAGGUGCUACAUUCUAGAGAAUGACACGGUUCAGUGCGACACAGAUCUGUACAAGUCACUGCAAGCCUGGAAGGACCAUAAACUUCAUAUAGACCACGAGAUCGAAACACUGCAAAAUAAGAUAAAGAAUCUGAGGGAAGUAAGAGGUCAUCUGAAGAAGAAGAGACCAGAAGAGUGUGAUUGCAACAAGAUAAGCUUCCAUUCGAAACACAAGGGCAAGCUGAGGCACAAGGGGUCCAGCCUCCAUCCUUUCAGGAAAGCCUUGCAAGAGAAGGACAAGUUGUGGCUCCUCAGAGAACAGAGGCGAAAGAAAAAACUGCGCAAGCUACUGAAGAGGAUCAAAAAUAAUGACACGUGCAGCAUGCCGGGCCUGACUUGUUUCACCCAUGACAACCAGCACUGGCAGACUGCCCCCUUGUGGACAUUGGGUCCUUUCUGUGCUUGCACUAGUGCAAACAACAACACAUACUGGUGCAUGAGGACAAUCAAUGAGACUCACAACUUCCUGUUCUGUGAAUUUGCUACUGGCUUCCUUGAAUACUUUGACCUCAACACUGACCCUUACCAGCUAAUUAAUGCGGUGAACACACUAGACAGAGAUGUGCUCAAUCAACUGCACGUGCAGCUCAUGGAACUAAGAAGUUGCAAAGGGUACAAGCAAUGCAAUCCAAGGACUCGGAACAUGGAACUGGGCCUUAAAGAUGGAAGCUACGAGCAAUACAGGCAAUUUCAGCGACGCAAGUGGCCAGAAGUGAAGAGACCUUCAUCUUCCAAGUCACUAGGACAGCUCUGGGAAGGCUGGGAGGGCUAACCUACAAUCGCUGGACCUCAAUGAGGAGGAUAUAAACUGGCCAGAACUUGAAUCUUUGUACAGACUUAAUGAGAGUGUGUAUGGUUUCAGACUGAAUUACAAUGUUAGCCUGGAGGACUGGAUGAACUUUUGACGCUUAGAUAGGAUGUUUGCACUGUUAUGCAAUCUGAAUAGAAACAGUGACCUCCUGAGGACUUAAUGGCAUCAAGAAUACGUAUCCAUCUCGGAGCCCACUGGUUCACCUGCUUUUGCUUUGGAUUAUACCUCACUGGCUUCACAGACUUGUUUUGCUUCCACCAGUCACCAGAGAUACAGUUCCGAGAAAGAAGCAGAGAAACGAGGGUCCCCCCACUGACUCACAAAGAAUCGUAAGGGCCGAAAGCCUACAGAGCACUGUUUGAAUGGAACCCAAUUCAUAGCGUUUCUUCAAUUUCCACUCUUGACCAACUGGCAAUAGACAGAGACAGACACAAAUGGAAAUCAAGAAUGUGCAUUACCCACCACCAGACAGCUACUGAAGGACCCAGGAUCACAAGACAAUAUUGACCGUAAUAUUCUUCAGGUGUUUACUGACAUGGAAGCAAUUUAUUUCACUGUUCACUCACCUACUUUGGGAUAAAAAGAAAAUAAAUUCUCACUCAAACCAGCUUUCCAGCGUGGUACUGUAAAUAUUUAGUGUCCUGCUUAAAAAAACAAAAGUCCAGAACAAUUUUGUUACUAAAGUGUUGGCAUGCCCCAGUACCAUUUCUGAAAAUGUCACCUUCAUUGCAUAAUAAAAUUCCAGAAUUUAUCCAUUUUUAAAAGAACUGCAAAAUU